AGCAGGCGGGCGGGGGCCGCGGGAGCGCGGAGGCGCGGGCGGCGGCGCGGCCGUCCCACCUGCCCGGCCCGCUCGGCCCCCCGGCGGCGCGCGCUCCUCCUCCCGCGGGGCUCCGGUUGGCCGCUCGCAUUCCGUGCCGCGUCCGGCUGGCAGCGGCCGCGGAGCGCAGAGCUCCGGGGAAGCCGGCGGGCGACGCGCUUAGCCACGACGGAGCAGCCGCGGGACUGGCCGCCCCGCGCCCCGUUCGCAGCCGUGCCGUUCCCCGGCGCUCUCACCCCGUUCUCGGGAUGGGAGUGUAGCGGCGGCGCGGACUCGGCGGGGAUCGCGGUGGAGGCGGCUGCGGCGGCCGAACGCGGCUCCAUGUUUUCCCCUGGCCAGGAGGAGCCCAGCGCCCCCAACAAGGAGCCGGUGAAAUACGGGGAGCUGGUGGUCUUGGGGUACAAUGGUGCUUUGCCCAGUGGUGACAGAGGCAGGAGGAAAAGCAGAUUUGCCCUCUAUAAGCGGACCAAGGCCAACGGCGUCAGACCCAGCACAAUCCACGUAGUCUCCACACCCCAGGCAUCCAAGGCUAUCAGCUGCAGAGGUCAGCACAGCAUAUCCUACACUCUGUCAAGGAACCAGACUGUGGUGGUGGAGUACACACAUGAUAAAGACACGGACAUGUUUCAGGUGGGAAGAUCAACAGAGAGCCCUAUCGACUUCGUGGUUACGGACACAGUUUCUGGCGGGCAGACUGACGAUACGCAGAUCACACAGAGCACCAUUUCUAGGUUUGCCUGCAGGAUCGUGUGCGACCGGAGUGAGCCAUACACAGCACGCAUAUUCGCAGCUGGAUUCGACUCCUCCAAAAACAUAUUUCUUGGAGAAAAGGCAGCAAAAUGGAAAAACCCUGAUGGACACAUGGAUGGGCUCACCACCAAUGGCGUUCUCGUGAUGCACCCUCGAGGGGGCUUCACCGAGGAGUCCCAGCCUGGAGUUUGGCGAGAGAUCUCUGUCUGUGGAGAUGUGUACACCUUACGAGAGACCAGGUCGGCCCAGCAGAGGGGAAAGUUGGUGGAGAGUGAGACCAACGUCCUGCAAGACGGCUCCCUCAUCGACCUCUGUGGGGCCACUCUUCUCUGGAGGACCGCAGACGGCCUUUUUCACACUCCCACUCAGAAGCACAUCGAAGCCCUGCGGCAGGAGAUCAACGCAGCCCGACCCCAGUGUCCUGUGGGUCUCAACACCCUGGCCUUCCCCAGCAUCAGCCGGAAGGAAGUGGUGGAGGAGAAGCAGCCCUGGGCAUACUUGAGCUGUGGCCACGUGCACGGCUACCACAACUGGGGCCAUCGGAGUGACACGGAGGCCAACGAGAGGGAAUGUCCCAUGUGCAGGACUGUGGGCCCCUACGUCCCCCUCUGGCUGGGCUGUGAGGCAGGAUUUUACGUUGAUGCCGGGCCCCCGACGCAUGCCUUCACCCCCUGUGGACAUGUGUGUUCAGAGAAGUCUGCAAAGUACUGGUCUCAGAUCCCACUGCCUCAUGGGACUCACGCAUUCCAUGCCGCCUGUCCCUUCUGUGCCACCCAGCUGGUUGGGGAACAGAACUGUAUCAAAUUGAUCUUCCAAGGUCCAGUGGACUGACACCCUGGACAGCCACCUGCGCAUUAUUAACAAGUUACUGUGAAGAUUUUGCCACUAACUCUAGAUUCUACCUUUUUGUGAUGAUGUUUGUUAAGGGGAAGGCCAACUGGGGUGGGAAAAAAGAAGUGGGGAGUCUGGUUAUGAAACAGGGCAGGAGUCAACAGGUACCACUGUGUUUUGCAUGCUUGCACCAGCAGCAUCGUCACUGAGGUCUGCCUCUGAUUAAAUCUUAAUACCUGUGUAAUAAUUGGAUUUCAACUACCAUGCUUUUAUUUUUAACUUUGGGUCUUUAACCGAGGGUUUUUUUCCCCCCUUUGUACACUUGGACAAGAUUUCACAUCCUUUUUUACAACUGGAGAAGACAUUUAUUCAACAGAUGUCUCUGAGUACACACAGCCUGCACAGGUGGCACAUACAAGAUGUGCAGUGGCUAGGAAUAGUUGACAGUGGCCAGAAUCUGACCCAUUGCCAAAGGGCCAGCUCUGUCGGCCCUUCCAGAAACACUCAGUAGACAGGAGGCAUAGGCCAGGCACUUGUUUUAAAAUCUACAGCUUUUUUUCUCUUUUAUUUUUCUGACUUUGGGUGGAAGAGAAUAUCCAUAUACUAUUUUGUUUUAACUUGGGCGGAAUUAUUUACACACUCAUUUAUCAGAUACUUGGCAUGUCAAACAAAGACUUUCCUAAAAAGUUUUAGUCUGCCCUGUUAUUUUUGUUUAAUAUGUGCUCUUUCUCAUUCUCAUCUUACACGUCAAAAAUUGAUUGAGUAAUUAAUUAAAAUCCAGCAGCUUUUUGAGAUUCAUGAACCAAGGGCGGCAGUGUCAGCAGUAGCCAUGGGCUCAGCGAGGCUGUCGCAGCCCUGGGCAGCUGUGGGCAUGUCCUGGGGACCCGAAGACCAGCUUUAUCUGCAUCCUGGACCGCUUAGGACCCAAGGGAGAUUUAAAGUAUGCCUUUACUUUUUAAAGCCACUUGUUGGCACUUGGUAAUGUGGCUUCCCCCUCCUCUUCCUUGUCCUUUUUUAGAAAGCUAAAUCUUGUGAGCCCAACAGCAGCAAAGGACAGUGAGACGGUCGUUUUUUGCUUGCUGCCUCCCAUCUGUCACCUUCUCUUUCAGGUUAAGGAGCCCCGCGAGUCUUCAGAUGUUUGUGAAUCUAAUGAAAUUUAAAUGUGAUCAUUAGAUACACAGAGUACAGAUGAGUGGCGCAUCUGCAGAAAUCAUUUGAAAUUCCUGAUUUUGAGAGAGAGCAAGGGAAUGCUCACUGAGAAAGAAAUCAGAAUUUCAUAUGAGUCAUGCUAACCCUCUCUGCUGGUUUCAUUUUGUGUUAAUUAAUGAUUCCUCAAUACUCAUUUGCUGUGUUUUCUGCCUGGAGUAUUAUGGCUCCCAGAAUGUAGACACUCUGUUGGGCUUAGCUCCAUUCCAGCCAUUCCCAGUGAGCGAGUCUUAGUUACACUAACCUCUGCUUAGAUGGACCAUCAACAGAUGAGAGUUACCUGUUUUAGCUUACGUAAAUAUGGAUAAUUUAUGUGAGUCUGAUCUACUAUGUCCAUACUUGAACUGGUUUUUCCAAUUUGCAGAUAUUUCUCCUGUUUGCAGAUAUUUUGCCUAUUUCAGCAAAUUAAACCUAUUUGAGUACUUUUUCUGAAAAGCAAAAAAGUAUAUUAAUUACUCUUUAAUGCUGCUGCUUAAUGUGACCAAGUAUGCUGGAUUUGCUUGUCAGUUUUAAAAUAGCUUUAUUUCCCAUGGAGACCACUGUGUAGGAAGAGGGAUUUUUUGUUUUUGUUUUUGUUUUAAUUAUAUUUAUGAGGUGGAAAUCCAACCACAGUCUUCUUUUAGUUUUCUCUCUUCUACAUAGAUUACCUACAAACAAAAAAGAAAGGAAGAAAAAGAACUUUCUGGAAAAAACCAUUGGAUGCCAUCUGAUGCAGUCAGCGCUUCCAGCACUGGUUUUCAGAGAAGGAUAAAGGGCCUUCCCUCCUCUUGUUAUGUGGAGAUCGUUUGAGGAUUCUUGAUAUCCUAGGAGUAUCUUCUAAGAUAAAGGGCGUUACACCCAGAAAGGUUGAAGGUCACCUAUCUAAAUAAAUAAACAAACAAACAAACAUAAAUAAAUAAAUAAGCUUUUAUUUUUCAAGACAUUCCACUCUGAUAUCACACUUCUCUGUGUCAAGGCUAUGUAAGUCUGCUAGUUCUGCGCAUGACACAGGCCCACAAACCAGGGGGAGCAUCCGACCUUCAGAACCCAUGGCAUCGCAGACUCAGAUACCUCAAGUGCAAGCUGAAACGCGGGUCAUGAAGGCCAGCUCUUCAGUGGCCAUAGGCCACCCACCGGUGCCGUUUCUUUUGGUUUCCAGGUGGGGAAUAGCAGCGGUGUCACCCGCAAAGGAAGCCUGCUGACUCUGACAACCUCUGAGGUGAUCACGUCCUACUGAGGGAAGAGUUUUCAAGUUUGGAAGCAAUUUAGUUUUUAAGAAUAAAGAACUACUUCAUCCAUGUAAAAUGAUAGAACUGAGAAAGGGAAACUCCCCCAAGGUCACCUGAUCCUAACACACACACACACACACACACACACACACACACACACCAUGCCACCCCACACACAUCCCCUACACACACAUGUACAUAAGGAAAUCACCAACCACUUGCCCCGGGCUCAGCCUGACCAGUUGCCUUUUUCAAGAACUGAAGCCCUAGUUACAUGCUUCCAUAGAUAAUAGGUUUUUUCAGUUCUUUAUGUCAUUUUGUUACAAAAAAAAAAAAAAAGAUUGAGAGUGAGCAGGACACAGCCCUGAGUAUUUUUUCUAGGGUUUUGUUAUUGAUCGGUGCUGCUGGGUCAUGCACACUGCAGCUCUCAACAUUUCUCUGAUGUCGUCCAGCUUUUUGCAAAAAGAAAAAAAAGGGCUACAGUUGACACUGCAGAGUAAAUAUUACGCUUUCUGGGUCCUCCCCCAACACUUCUGUGGCCCAAAAGAAUGGAAACCUUUUAAUAUAAAUCGAGCAUAUUUAUAUCAUUCCUCAGUAGUUAAUUAUAGGGUUUGGUACCUUCGUGCCUCAGGGAAGCCAUGUGAUGUGACUGGUAAUAGACUUUCAGGGUUAGGGUGUAGAGAAAGGAGAAAGCCAUUGGAAAAUGUGAUGGGCUCCAUUAAGGAGACUAAUCUAGUACAGAAGUAUGCCGGGACCGGCAUAAAGAGAUUGUAGUAAUCUGUUUCCCAGGACUAGUAGGGAAACCGUUUGAAGUUAUUACAUAUACUGUAUUAGGAGAGUUGAGAACUCUUCACAAAACAUUGAUGCCUCUUAUUUUUACUUACCAAUCUCUGUUAUUAGGAGUGCAGUAUUGAUAUCCGAACACUUUUAAAGAGUCUAGGGGACACAUUUUUUAUGUAAGUGUACUAAAGGUUGUUCCGUGAUUUCACUCAACUUUUCUUCUUGGGAGCUGUUCUUUUCUUUGGAUGUAGAUGAGAGGCGGGUAGUCACACUGCUCUGUGUGGUUUUCAUGUAGUCUUGCCUCUCAUGGUGGAAAUGCAGACGGACAGGCCCCAGGACCUUGAUUUCAAGCCAGAUGAGGUUCUGGUCCCUUGGCUGUUAAUCUCAUGACCCCAUAGCUCUGCCUUUACAUAAGGGUCUUAGGCUUCUGCUGUGGUGGGGAGCAUAGGACACAGCUCCAGUCAUGACAUGAGGACCCAAGGCCAAUGAGAUAACUUGAGAAUAUUUUUAGAAGAAGUGAAGCAUUACUGAAGAGGUUAAAAAGUUCUGUCUUGUCUUUUUAGUAAUAUGUCCUCACAAGUGUCUGCCCUCAUGACUCCAUAGUGAACAAUAGGGAAAAACAAAUAUAUUUUCCAUUCAGCUUAACUUUCUAAACAAAAAUCAAUGUGCUGAAAGGGAUGUCCUAUCUUUUAAGCUGAGAUGGCAGAUUGCUUCUCUGUAUUAAGUAAUCUAGAAAUAGGGGGCUGGUCGUAUUUACCAUAUAUAGUGUUAUAAGCAGUUAAAUUUUAUGGCUAUAUUUGUAAAAUUUGUUCUUUUAUAUUUCAUGUCAAAUUGAAAAGUUUAUUUCUUCACGGUUGUACUUGUGGAAAUACAAGCCAUUUUACAGGAAAAACAUCUUCAAAAGCUAUUAAACAAAUCGUACCAUGUUUGUGCAUUGUCUUCAACUCUGUUGUUAGCCCCGGCUUCAUCAACAGAACGUGGAUAGAGAAGUAGACUGAACGUGCACAUUUCCUGAACUCCCACAUGAAUCCCAAACAAACGGGUUUGUUGUUGUUUUAUACUCUGCACACCACAUACUUAAAUCUGUGUUCUGAAAAAUCCCCCAAUUUUGUAUUAAACUCCACUGGUGCUCAUAUUACUAUCUCUUGUGACAUUUUAUCACUGUCAAAUAAAUGUAACUUGUAGGAAAUUUUAA